AAAAAAAAAAAAAAAAAGAGAAGUAAACAGUUCUUUUGGAUUUUACCCACAGAGUAGAAUUGGUCUCCAUGGUAACUUGAAAGCGGCUUGGCUCUCUGGUCAAAGACGGCGAUGAUUCUAGGCCGAUGGGUUUCCUUCAGUUGCGGAACCACGCCCGUGGCUAAUGUUUCCAACCGAAGACAUUCGGAGUUUCGUGGUCUCUCCUCUACUAGUACCCCUUGUCGCCCUUCUCUCAGAUGCUCUUGUCUCGAAAGCAAAGAAGCUACUCAGCAGAUUGAACAGUUGGGGAAUGAACAAGGAGGGUUCUCGGUUUUGGCAUCAGAGAUUCCAUGGGAGGAUAACAGCAUAUGGAGCACAUUUGCUCUUUACAUGUUCUCUCUGCAUAUUCCUCUCAGUUUUGGGGGUUUAUCCAUUGUUGCCAACAUACUCCACCUGCAGGUUCUUCAUCCUCAGGCCCAAGUGCUAUCACUUGUGGCUCUCCAAAUGGUAGAACUUGCAGGGACAGUGUUGCUGCUGAGGGCCACAGCGAGGCCUCAAUUCAAAUCAAUCAACUUUCUUAAGGGUAAUAAUGACUCGAGGGAAGGAAGAAACUGGGUGGUUGGCUCAGCAUUGGGUUUGGGAUGUCUUGUGGGUUUUAUCUUCGUCACGUCGCUUGUAGCUGAUCAACUCUUUGGUUCUAAGGCUGCGCACGAAUCAGAAUUGGAGAAUAUAAUGUUGAGCGGGGAUGUAUCGAGAAGCGGGUGUUUUGCUCUCUACUGCGUUGUAGCUCCCAUCCUGGAGGAGACAGUGUACAGACGGUUUCUGUUAACCUCCUUAGCGUCGAGAAUGGAAUGGUGGAAGGCACUAGUGAUCAGCUCAGGAGUAUUUGCGGCAGCUCACUUGUCAGGUGAGGAUUUUGUGCAGCUGUUUGGGAUAGGGUGCGUCCUCGGGACAUGUUACAGCUGGUCAGGGAACUUAGCAUCGUCAGUACUCGUCCACUCCUUGUAUAAUGCAUUGACACUUGUCCCUUACGUUGUAGCCACCCACGUUCAGAUGACGUAACUGAGAAGGAAAAAAAUAAAAAGGUUCCAACGCAAUCUAUCUUUUGUUAAGACGAAACAGCGUAUAAACCGUGUCCGUGUGUGUGUGUGUUUGCAACAGCUGAUCUGCUCCUUAAGAAGCUUUAAAGAUAGAAUCUUUCUGACUUUUUGUUUUUGUUUUUAGUUUAUUGAAAGUGUAUUUGACUAAAACAACACAAACCAAAAAGGAUUUGAGUGUAUGCAAUGCAAAGAUGAGAGA